AGUUGCCGUAGGAAUAAACGCCAUAGACACCGUAGCUGUGACGACUGUUACCCGCCAACAACCUAAGUCCUGGGGCAGCUGAACAAUGGCAACCCAGACUUAUGUUACAGAUCUUCAAGCCAUGAAUCCAACUACACUGCUAAAUGUUCAACAGAAGACCCAAUCUGGUGGUCAGACUAUACACUCCCAAAGCCAGAAGUCGCAAAGUACAACUAUAAUUCAACCCUCCCAGGCACAUACUACACAGCAGUUUAUUGUCACCACCUCGGUUCCAGAUCAACAGCUAAAUGAACAAAACCAUGGACAAGACACAGUGACCCUUCAGCAAGGAGGACAGACGGUUUAUCCUACACAUGUUCAGUACGUAGACAGCAAUGAUCCUGCUCUCUACGCAUCUACGAAUGGGCAAAUGCAAACAACAUACCAAACAGACUACGGCCAGACAAUGUAUACACCUGUCUCUGGUACAUACUAUCAGACGUCAGGUGGGGCACAGGUGGCUGCGACAGGACUAGCCCAGGUUGGUACUGUACAAACUGUUCAAGGGCAGAUACUGCAGCAUCAGAGUGGCACCUACCUCAUACAAGGGGGAACCAUGGAUGGAGAGGGCACGCCCUUGACUCACACAACCCGGGCAUCACCUGCUACUGUAAGUGCUGUUCAAUGGCUGAUUGACAAUUAUGAGACGGCAGAAGGUGUUUCUCUACCACGGAGUACAUUAUAUAACCAUUAUUUAAGGCAUUGUCAGGAGCAAAAUCUUGACCCUAUGAACCCGGCUUCCUUUGGAAAACUCAUCAGAUCAGUGUUUUUAGGACUACGAACAAGACGAUUAGGGACUCGGGGUAAUUCAAAGUACCAUUACUACGGUAUCCGUAUCAAAGCCAAUUCUCCAUUGAAUCAGUUCACUGACGAUCAAACCAUGGCAAUGAGACAACAACCUAUGUAUCAGGGUAAAAAGUUUAAGAUGGAAGAUGGUGUGGAGGGAGGGCACCAUGCUCCUCCAGAUGCAGCCACUGCCCAGCAGCAGCAACAUCAACAGUUUCUUGGAGAUGCCUCUGGCGCACUCCCAAACUUUGGCGACAUAGACACUUCAUCGCCAUUACCUGAGGGUGUCACCGUCGACCAUGUACAUGCUUUUGACAAAAUGUAUACAGAGCAUGCAGAGGCUAUAGUUGAUGUGGUAGUUAACUUACAAUUUUCCCUGAUAGAAGCUCUGUGGCAAGGUUUCUGGCGGAAUCAACCAGCAGACCAAUUAACAGCUGACAAUGAUUAUGAAAAACGUCUGCCAAAAGAAAAGUUAUAUGCAGUUAGUAAAUAUGGGCCUGUACAGGAGUAUGUACGGAAGGCUGACUACGCAUUCUACCAAGCUUUAGUUGAAGUGCUUAUUCCAGAUGUGCUUAGACCUAUACCAAGUUCCCUUACACAGGCUAUUAGAAAUUUUGCAAAGAGUUUAGAAAAUUGGCUUAAAGGAGCUAUGGUUGGAGUCCCAGAGGACAUGCUCAAGUGCAAGGUUGGUGCUGUGAGUGCAUUUGCUCAGACAUUACGGAGAUAUACAUCCCUAAAUCAUCUCGCUCAGGCAGCACGUGCAGUGCUUCAAAACACCUCACAAAUCAACCAGAUGCUUACAGAUCUCAACAGGGUAGACUUUGCCAAUGUACAGGAGCAGGCCUCAUGGGUUUGUCAGUGUGAUGAUAGUGUGGUACAACAACUCCAGGAAGACUUUAAGAAGACUCUAGAGUGUCAGAAUUCUCUAGAGGAUUGGGCCCAGUGGCUAGAGGAGGUUGUUAACCAGGUGUUAAAACCACAUGAAGGCAGCGACAAUUUUCCAAAGGCUGCACGGCAGUUUUUAUUGAAAUGGUCAUUCUAUAGCUCAAUGGUGAUAAGAGAUUUGACUCUACGAAGUGCAGCGAGUUUUGGUUCUUUCCAUCUGAUCCGACUUCUAUAUGAUGAGUACAUGUUUUAUCUGGUAGAACACAAGGUGGCCGCAGCAACAGGGGAAACUCCCAUAGCUGUUAUGGGUGAAGUAAGACAGUUCAUAGACCUGAGUAGUGCUGUUAUGCUGAGUUCCCUGGAAUCUGAAAAGCCACUUCCUGUGAUCAAGACACCAGCUACUAAUAUGGCUGUUUCUAAUACAGCUACAGCCCUUAUGAACAAAUCAACACUGGAAACUUCCUCAAGUGCCAACACAACUACACUCAUGGUUCUCAAUUCAGGAAACACCCCUGGUCAAGGUGUAAAUGGAAACAUUAUAGUAACAGCAGCGCCAGGAACAAACCCUUCCACUGUUACAGUGCGAACAGCAGCAGGAACUCCAAUACAGGGUGCUAAGACCAUUGUAGUCAUGCCAGUCUCUAACUCAUUAGGUUCUGGGGACUCCCAUUCACAGAAUGUGAAACGGUUAAAAGUAGAAUAGUCAUUUAUAAGUGAUAUUUAAGGAUGCUAAUAUCAAAGAAUCCUGGAGUGUUCAGAGGAGAUGCUAUUGAUGAGAAAAACAAGCAAUGUUUUGUCAACAGAAUUCAGUCAUUUUCCCCAUUACAAAUAACAAUGAGAAUGUUACAGGACAUGUUUCAUAGUUCUUUUUAUAUUUAAUCUUUGAUUCAUAUUCAUGUAAAUAUCUGCAAUGGUCUAUUCCCUCCUAAAUUAAUCUGUAUAAAUGGCUUGAAAUGAUGUACAUACUUGUAAAAACGAUGUUUAAUUUAAUAGUUUUAAAAUGACUUUUAUAAUUUGUACAUGAUUUCCCAGUGUUUCCUUGUAGACUUGCCUCUGACCUGUCCCCAUGAUAUUUUUGUCUCCAAUUUCACUUGUUAAGGCCUGUGUGUAUUUUAUUGUUAUUACAACAUGAUAGGGUUUUAUCUUGGGUUUUUAUUUGUUAUUCAGGUCAACAAAAGUAGGAUGCACUUUCUUUUCAUAUGUCAUUAUUUUCUUUUCUGAUAGAAUAAUUAUUUACUUGCUUGCCAUUUAGAUGUUUAUUUGCUUACAGUUGCUACUGAUAGAAGAUAUUUUGUUUGAAUAUAUUUCUACCUUGUUUUUAAUGGAUGAUAUCUAAUGGUUGGUAUUUUUCCUCAGAGAUCCGAAAGUCCACUAGUGAACCACACCAAUACAGUUUCAUAUUCUAUGCAUCAAGCCAGUUAAGGAUAGUUUGAUAACUACAGAUGAGCGCAUAAAUGCAAUGUAUUUUUUAGCAAAUGAACUAAAUGCAUAGUUCUGUCCAGAAUUUGUUUGGGAUGCUGUUGGAUCUUAAGAUUUUUGUACAAUUUUGGAUGUUACAUGAUAUAAAUCAUCAGAUUUUUUGUGUAUGAUACUAAUUUUACACUUGUUCUUCCAAACACUACUUCACUAGUAUUGAAGUUUGCAUUGAAUUGGUAAAGGGACGGUCUUUUAAAGAAAUAUUCUUGGCUGAUCAAUUUUAAUUUGACAUGAUAAUUUUACACCAAAAGGGUUUCAUAUUCAUUGACACUAAAAACAUGCCUGUAGUAUUAGUAAUAUUUAGAGUAUCUGGUAUCAGGAGUGACUCCUUAAAAUUUUUGUAAUAAUUUAUUAGCUCACCUGGCCCAAAGGGCCAAGUGAGCUUAUGCCAUAGCGCAGCGUCCGUCCAUCUUCCGUCCAUCCUGCGUCUAUCAACUUUUCAAUUAGACAACUUAUUAUGAAAAACCGAAAGGCGAAGGGUUUGCGAAAAAAAAUAACCUUGACUCAUAUUCAAGGUCACAGAGGUCAAAUGUGUUUUAACCUUUAAACGACUUCUUCAAAAAAAUACCGGAAGGCCUGGAAUCAUUAUAUUUGGCUGGAAGGUUCCUUUGAUGAAGCCAAAGAAAGUUAGCGAAAAAAAAAAUUGACCUUGACCCUGAUUCAAGUCAAAUGUGUUAAACCUUUGAACAACUUCUGAUUAACCUAAAGGCCUGGGACCAUAUUAUUUGGCCAAAAGGCUCCCUUAAUGGUGCCCACAUAGUGUGUGAAAAAAUAGUCAUAUUGCUUUAAAGCGACUAUAAUUUUAAAAAACACUACAAUAAAACGUUCUAUUUUCCAAUAGUAUUUUAAAAAACUAAGACUUUCUGUUAAUUACUAAAAUUAAAAGUCACUGCAACCAUUUUUAUUGAUAUCUAAAAAAAUAAAGAAUGUAAACAUUGCUGUCCUGAUCUAAUUCAUACAUUACCACUCGUAACCCUGAUGCUGCACAUGCGUAUAUGCCUAGAAAGAAGAAAUAUUUUGUCGCAAAUACGAAAAAGCGACGAGGAAAGAUGAAGGAGGAUCUUGGACUGAAUAGGGAUUCAGAAUUUGCGAAGCUGCUGCUUGACUGGUUAGCUUAGUGUGAGCCCUAUAUUUGUAACGUAUCCGCCUGUCGUUGAUUAUAAUCGAAUGUUUGACACGUGAAUAUUUUAUGAACAACACUACUAAAAGUGUUAUCUGAUAAAUGUUGAAUGAAAAUAGUUGGAUUAUUCGCUUGAAUUUACUAUCGACAAUGUGUGUUUGCAAGGUGGGGCCCAAUUGGGGGUAUUCGUUCUAAGUGUAAAAAUAUGAUGGUACUGGUGUUACUGUAAGAAUAACCACCGUGAUGAUAAACAUAGCCUUCAUCAUAAACAGUGCAAUAUUUAUUAAUGUGUACAGACAAAGUAUCAAUUCCUGUGCAUUUCUGCACAUUGAGUUUAGCGCCCCGAUUGACAUAGAUAAUUCUCGCACGACAAAGCCAAAACGAAAUGAAUUACUAAGAUUGAUUGUUAAAAAUUAUAUAUUAUAACACUAUGGAAUCAUUUUCUGCUUAUGAGAAUUAGCAGAAAGGUGCUAAAGCAAGUGUCAUACAUAAGACAUGUGCGUUUGUUUAGCUCCUAAUCUAUUUUUUCUUUGAGGCAGAAGUAAAUGACUCGGCUUUCUUCGUAAUCAACUGAGCGUGUACAUGUUUAUAAAUAAUAGUCAAGAUAAAUAAUGUCCGGACACGCCGAAAAUAUGUACAAAACAUCAAAUUUGAUGUUAUAGGCAAGUGUAUCACUUUAUUAUGGAUAUAUUUUAUUAUUCAUAAGCCGAAUUCUCCAUUUCCUGAUGUUGAAAUCUAUGGUAAUAUAGUACUGUUGGUCAUAAAGAUCCAGGUGAGCGAUACAGGCCCUCUGGGCCUCUUGUUUAUAGAAAUGAUGUCUAAAUUACAAAGCAAUUCCAGCUUUACAAGAAAGUCUUGUACCUCUUUUUGUCAUCAAUCUUCUGAACAUUUUAUAGAAAAUUACCAGGUAAUUAAACAAUAUUUUACUUGUACCUAUUCUCCUUUUGGAGUACAGUAUCAUGAAUUUUGUUGACCUGGUAAACUUCACAUUAACCACGACUUGGAAUGAUGGGCAGUGCCAUACAGUUAAUUGACACAAACAUGACAAAUAUUCAGAGACAACUAUUUUCUGUUUGUUUAUUGUAGGUUUUGUAUUACUCUCAUAUAUAUAGUCAACACCUGUUGUUUAAAGUACAAAUUAGUGUUUUAUGUCAAAUUAGGAUGUGUUUUCUAUGGUUUCCUCCAUAUACAAACGUUUUAUUUAUUUGUAUUUAUUAGAAACUUUGAUGAUGACUUUGCUACUUUCAUACCAGUUUUUGAGAUUUUCUAAAUGUGUUCAUAUGUGAAAAUCAACACAAAUGUUGGAUCUACAGAUUGAAGAAAAUCAGAGAAAUUUAUUUUUGUGACACCAUUGAAUAAAUAAAAAGGUUAAUUGAAAAAAUAAGAAUCAAUAUAUGUACACAAAGAAUAAAGUUGUUGACUAUAGAG